CGGCGGGUCACGGGUCAUGGGGCUUUUAAUAGGAUCCAAGGCGUCCAACCCAUUUGCUCCAUUGAAGCGCAGUUGCCGUUCUCCAUUGAAUCUAGUUCCUGUAUCCCCCAUUGAAGCAGCUUUUGAGGAUUCAACUAUGAAAUCAGAGCUCUUUUCCCUGGUCCCAGGGCUGCCGCUCCUCCUGCCUUUCCUUAGGGACGGGCCUGGAUGUAGGUUUUUGUUAGGACGGAAUUAUAGUUAUGGACCUUUUCUCCCUGGGCCGAGGGCGGCUGCCCCUCCUGCUCUGGCUCAGGGACGAGCCUGGUAUAGUGUAGAUGAUGACAAUUCUAAAAGAAAUGAUGAAGUGUUGGAAGAUAGAGAUCCAAGCUACGAAGCGAUGCUCAAUAAAAUGGUUGGAAAAAUCAGUUCUAAGCCUGGUGGAAAGCUUGAAAUGGGCGAGGCUAAUGUGGUACAGAAGCCUAAAAGGCCCUUGCCAAAAGUUAGAAAUACGACUCCUGAGACUGGACGGUAUGAGGAAAGGCCUGUCGCUGCAGGGACAUUAAAUGUAGCUCAGUUUCGCCAUAUAAUGCGUCUUCAUCAAGGCAAGGCUGAUGAGCAUGAUGGGCCUCUAGGUCUAAAAGAGGUUGCUGAGAGAUUUCAGGUGGAUGCUGUACAGCUUGAAAAGAUAUUACAGUAUGUAUCCCUGCCACCUGAGGAUAAUACUAACAGGAAAAAACAUGAGCUUGAAGACUGAUUUCCCUUUCCUAGCUAGUGGUAAUAGUAGUUCAGAAUGACUGAUUGCUUUUUGAUACAAUCAGUUCAAAAGUGUAUUUGCGAAAUAUAUAUCCAUAUGAAUGAUGAAUCAGAAUAGUGAUGAUAAAUUGACUUAAUAGCACAAGGUACUGAACUUCGGUGAGAG